AGACACACACAGUCUUACUUCACUCGUGCAACUCCGCCGUUUGCUGUGCACGGACACGCAGAGACAUAGGAUGACACGAUGCACCACGAACACUCCGCCUAAGUCAUCUUGCACCAGAGGCAUUCUCUGUCACAAAGGUUGCGGGAUAUAGACCAUUCACAUCAUCAUCAUCGACGUCGUCGUCACCAACAUCGCCAUCAUCAUUCAUCAUCUGCAGCAGCAGCAUCAGCAAGCGGCAGGUCCUCCGCUCAGCUAUGGAGCUGUCUCGGCUCACGCUGUGGCUCAGGAUAGCGUUGGCUUCCCUGCUCUCUCUCGCUUGCGUCGCCACUGAAACGUGGGAUCUGGUGCAUGAUGCUAGGGAAAGCACUACCAUCACUCGCCCAAGUCGUCUCAGGCACAACAGCAGCAUCAGCAGCAGCAUCAGCAGCAUCAGCAGCAUCAGCAGCAGCAUCAGCAGUAGGAUCAGCAGCGGUAUCGAAUCGCAUGUGCUCGAAAAUGAACCUCCUCCUACUGCAAUCACUCAGCUAUACCCCGAUGACUUCGAGAUGGUCUUACCAGUCGAGGUGGACGCUCGGGGCGCCGUGGUGUCUCCGGCCACUCGCCGCCGUCGGCGUGCCGCCACCUCCUCGCUCGCCUCCUCCUCGUCGCCUCGCUACUACCGACUGCGCGCCCACGGGGGCCGCGAGCUGCGGCUGUCGCUGCGUCCCGCGGCUCCCUUGCUGGCGCCCGGCCUCACCGUCUCGGUGCUGGGCGCCGCGGGGAGCCCCCCGCGGACCCGGCCGCUGCGCGAGCGCGAGCGGUGCUUCUACCGCGGCUCGGUGACCAGCGACGGGGUCGGGGAUCGAACCGGGACGGCGGCGCUCGCCACCUGCGAUGGGCUGUCAGGUCUGAUCCGCACUCCCCACGGAGAAUUCUUCAUCUCGCCGCUCGUGCCCGAGACUGCGCGGAGGAGCCGCCACCGCCACACUCGCUCCGCCACCUCUCCCUCCGGUCACGCGCCCCACGCCCUCUAUCGCCGGCCGGACAGACACGCGGAGGACGCGCGGAGACGCGCGGAGGAGACGCGGAGACGCGAGGAGGAGACGCGGAGACGCGCGGAGGAGACGCGGAGACGCGCAGAAGAGACACGGAGACGCGGGGAGGACGCGCGGGCACGCGCGGAGGAGACGCGGGGACGCGCAAAAGAGACGCGGGAACGUGGGGAGGAGACGCGGAGACGCGGGGAGGAGACGCGGGCACGCGCAGAAGAGACGCAGGGACGCACAGAAGAGACGCGAAGACGUGGGGAGGACGCGCGGGGACGCGCGGAGGAGACGCGGGGACGCGCAGAAGAGACGCCGGGACGCGCGGAGGAGACGCGGGGACGUGGAGAAGAGAUGCGGAGACGCGGGGAGGAGACACGGGGACGUGGAGAAGAGAUGCGGAGACGCGGGGAGGAGACACGGGGACACGCAGAAGAGACGCAGGGACGCGGGGAGGAGACGCGGGAACGUGGGGAGGAGACGCGCAAGGAGCAUUACUGCGGACGGCGCAAGAAAUACGCGCCGAAACCACCUGGCAAGGAUGCGUUCAUCCACCCGGACGAAUUCCCCUUCCUGCCCGCGGGAAAGUCUCCCCACGAAUCCCCUGGGCUUGUGUCUCGGGACAGGGGGAGGCGGUCACCCGUGAGCGCACGGCCCAGCCGACGUGGAGAGGCCACGGUUGAGACCCUGGUGGUGGUGGACCCACGUAUGGUGGCCAACCACGGGCGCGCGAGCGUGUCCACCUACGUGCUGACCAUCCUCAACAUCGUGUCCAGCCUCUUCCGGGACGGCACUAUAGGAAGCAACAUCAACUUGGUGGUGGUGGGACUCGUUCUGCUCGAGGAGGAUCAGCCAGGUCUGGUCAUCAACCACCACGCCGACCAGACCCUGUCCAGCUUCUGCCAGUGGCAGUCGGGCGUGACGGCGGCCGGGCGCCACGGGGGCCGCCACGACCACGCCGUGCUGCUCACCGGCACCGACAUCUGCUCGUGGAAGAACGAGCCGUGUGACACCUUGGGCUACGCUCCCAUCAGUGGGAUGUGCAGCAAGUUCCGCAGCUGCACGGUGAACGAGGACUCGGGGCUCGGCCUCGCGUUCACCAUCGCUCACGAGUCCGGGCACAAUUUCGGGAUGGUGCACGACGGGGAGGGAAACCUGUGCAAGAAGUCGGAGGGCAACAUCAUGGCGCCCACGCUGGCGGGCAACAACGGAGUCUUCUCCUGGUCGCCGUGCAGUCGCAACUCCCUGCAGCGAUUCCUGAGCUCGGCACAGUCGCUGUGCCUGAUGGACGCGGCGCGGAGCGUGGGCGAGCUCGCGCUGCCCGAGCGUCUGCCCGGCGAGCGCUACGACGCCGACACGCAGUGCAAGUGGCAGUUCGGCGACAGGGCCAAGCUCUGCACCUUCGACUUCAAAAAGGACAUCUGCAAGGCCCUCUGGUGUCACAAGAGUGGCCGGCGCUGUGAGACCAAGUUCAUGCCAGCGGCCGAAGGCACCUCGUGUGGGAUCAACAAGUGGUGCCGACGCGGCCAAUGCCUGCGGCACGGCGACGAGGGCAGCCGCCCCAUCGACGGCCACUGGUCGCCGUGGUCGCCCUGGUCGGCAUGCUCGCGCACGUGUGGCGGCGGCGUGAGCUCGCGGGAGCGCGAGUGCGGCGCCCCGCGGCCCCAGCUGGGCGGCCGCUACUGCCCGGGCACGGGCCGCACCUUCCGACUGUGCGAGGCGCGCGCGUGCGCCCCCGACGCCGUCGACUUCCGAUCGCUGCAGUGCGCCGAGUACAACUCGCGGCCCUUCCGCGGCCUCCUCUACGACUGGAAGCCGUACACGCGCGUCGAAGAGCAGGACAUCUGCCGCCUCUACUGCCUGGCCGACAAGUUCAACUUCUUCUUCGCGAUGGCGGGCAAGGUGAAGGAUGGCACGCGGUGCCACCAGGACCGCCGUGACGUGUGCAUCGAGGGCGUGUGCGAGGCUGUGGGCUGUGACAACGUGCUGGGCUCGGGCGCUCUGGAGGACUCGUGCGGCGUCUGCCGCGGGAACAACGCGAGCUGCCAGUUCGUGCGCGGCGUGUUCACGAGCCAGCAGCCCGGCCACGGCUACCGCGUGGUGGUAAUGAUCCCGGCCGGUGCUCGGAGCAUCCACGUGUCGGAGGUGAACAUCUCGGGCUGCUACCUCGCGGCUCGGGACGCGCGCGGCCGCUACCACCUGACAGGCGGCCACACCGUGGACUGGCCGGGGCGAUACGAGUUCGCCGGAGCGGCCUUCAGCUACAAGCGGCCCUACAACAACGGCGAGAGCCUCAGCAGCGCGGGCCCCACCAACGAGACGCUCGUCAUAGAGCUGCUGAUGUUUGGCAAGAACCCCGGCAUCUCGUGGGAGUACACGGUGCCACGUGGUGGCGGGUCGGACCGUACGAAGGUGGCGGCCGCGCCGCGACACUCCUACAGCUGGGUGGUCGUGCGAUCCACGUGCAACGCCACGUGUGGCCGGGGGAAACUCACCACGAGGCCCGUGUGCCUCCAAGACCGCAAGCUGCCAGUCAACGGCAGCCGAUGCAGCCACAAGGUCAAGCCCCCGAGCCGCGUGCUGCCCUGCAAUGAGCAGCCCUGCCCGCCGAGCUGGCAGGCGGGCGAUUGGGCGCCGUGCUCGCGCUCGUGUGGGGGGCUCGGCGAGCAGAGCCGCCCCGUGUCGUGCACCCAGCGGGCCGCGGGGGGCCGCCUCGCCGCCCUGCCCCCCUCGGCGUGCCCCGAGGCCCUCGCGCCGGCCCGGAGCCGCCCGUGCAACGCGGCCGACUGCCCCCCAGCCUGGGUCCCGGGCGCCUGGUCGCAGUGCUCCAAGACGUGCGGGCGAGGCGUGAGGACGCGGGAGCUGUGGUGCCGCGCCGAGGGUGCCGGCGGGGAGUCGCGCUCCGUGCCGAACGCGCGCUGCCGUGGCCUCGCGCGGCCCGCACGCAAGGAGAAGUGCUCCCUGCACAAGCGCUGCAAGAGCCCCCAGCACCUGCAGUGGGUGCUGUCCGCGUGGUCCGAGUGCUCGGCGUCGUGCGGCGUGGAGGCGGCGCAGUCGCGUGAGCUGCGCUGCGGCAGGAAGAGCUCCUCCUCGGGCCGCAUCCGGGAGCUCCCCGAGCGCCGCUGCCACCGUGUGGCCAAGCCGAGCGUGGCGCUCACGCGGCCGUGCGCCACCAACCCCGGCGGGGGCGGUGCCGUGCCGUGCCCCCCCGGGGCCGCGCAGCAGCCGCCGCUGCCGGGGGGCGGAGCGGCUCCGGGUCCCACCCGCCGCUCGCUCAUCAGCAACGCGCUGUCGGGGUGGUACGCGGCACCCUGGACGCAGUGCGCGGCCACGUGCGGCGGCGGCGAGCAGACUCGCUCGGUGCGCUGCCUGGCACAGGGCAAGCCCGCCGUGGGGUGCCAGCCUCACCACAAGCCGGCCACCACGCGGGCCUGCAACAGCCAGGCCUGCCCAGGACACGCAGGCGAAGUACCGGUGUGCCAAGACCACUACACGUGGUGCUCGCUCGUGCCACGCCACGCCGUGUGCAGCCACCCGUUCUACGGGAAGCAGUGCUGCCAGGCCUGCACGCCGUCCAACCUCAUCACCCGAUGAGAUGCGUCUCACACACGCGCAGUACACUCACCAACCUCAUCGUCCGAUGAGCCGCGUCUCACACACUCACCGACCUCAUCCGAUAAGCAGCGUUUUACACACAGUACACACAGACACGUGCACACGUAUCGAGCACUGUAGAACCAUAACAGCCACGCAAGUGGCGGCAACGUCACCGUAGCAAUUGUGCCAGGUUAGGUGCACCCCGAGGCUUAUCGCGUGACGUGUCAAAGGCUCACUGCUCGCAGGUGACGGGAGAGCCCCAGGGUGCCAUGGGUUCCGACUGAGAUGGCUGGCAGAUGCUCGCCACCAUGCCAACUUGGCACGCACUUGGUACACAAAGAUCCCCCGUAUAGCCUUAACAGACUUUUGGGUAAGUGCUGUUAGCGAGCAUCUUCGAAAGUAGGACGGCACACGAGGGGGUGGGUCGCCAGCACCACGCCAGACCACCUUUGUCUCCCGAGUAGCGAUGUUUACACAUCGAACCAGGUACUCAUUUGAGGCUAAGUCGACCUAGGCGAGGCCCGAUACAAAUAAUCUCCACUGUCAUUGAGCGGGAAUCGAACUUGGGUCGCCGGGUUCGCAGCAUCGCGUGCUGACCACUACACAGCCGCUCUCCACACACUCCGACACACGCAGCGUACACUCGCACGGACGUUUCAACACAUUAUCAUCUUGACACAUCACCGGAACACAUCCUCACCACCUUGACACAGUUGGUCCCGUGUGGCCUCCCAAACCCCCUCAACACCUUGGGCCUUCAGCUCACAAUGGGCCCUCCAUGACCUCUCAUGAAGGCAGGGGCCCAAAUCACCACGUGAGAUGUUAACUACCUCUCCUGCUAUACAGGAGGCCGUGGGGUCAAUCCCGACCUGACCCCUGCUGUAUAUAGUAUUUGGAGUUUGCGCGUGGCUUAUCGCAGCCAAACACUUGAAACGCGUGUCGUUGAUUCUAAAAUUGGGAGGGAAAAACAGGAGGGCCAGGAGAAAAAACCACGUGGCCACGGGGAGACACGGAAACUCCAAAUAUUAAAGCAUCGUCAGGGUCGGCGUCGAACCCACAACUUGCAAACUCCCAAUAUACGUACAGGCAUCGUCAGAGUCGGGAUGGAACCCACGACUUUCUGUAUAGCAGGCGAGGUGGUUAAUAGCGCCCACUGCAGCGACAAGGUAUGGCAAAGUCACUGCAGUGGCAUGACUGGAGUGUCACUUGAAAGUCAUUGGCAACUUUUCAGGGCUACUUGAGGGAGAAGCCGGGGGGGGGGGGGGGGGGCACCACAAACACCGCACAGCCUUGGUCGUUUGAAGCUACAAGAGCAGCUUGCGAGAUUUGGAUGUCGCAUCUUAAGUUUUAAAGACGUCUUUAAAGUCCUACGCAGCUGCUGUGUUGGGGGGUGAUGAGGGGGUAACGACGCAGACACCAAGAAAAUAAAUCAGGAUAACAUAGCGGAGCAUGCGAAGUUUAAUAAGCGUGUGCGCGCGCGUGUGUGUAUAUCUAUAAAUAUGCAGACACGGUACAAAUAUAAGACAAAUAAAUCGCUUAAAAGCUCUUGUAACUGCUCUCCUUAAGAGGGCAACAAUGAGCCCCCGGUGCUGGACAGGGAUGUUGUAGAUUCACCAAUGUGAAAUGUACCAUAAGAAUGGCUUUUGCACAGUAUUUUCCUUUUUUUUAAUUGUUAUCAAUGGUAUUAUUAUUUACUACUACUACUACGUUUUGGUGCUCUCCAGUCAAUUGUAAUGGACUGAUAGACGUUGCAAUAUUUGUGAUGUUAAUGCAAACGGAAGGAAACACGGCGCAAGGAAAACCCCAUUGCACACACAUUGACUCAACUUCCCAAAGGUCUCGCACCCAACGCGUUCGUUAUUGCGUCCCGUGUAUUUAAUUAGCCGGGAAAAACUAGAGGACGAUAAUUUUAGCGCUGGGAUUAUUUUUAAAAUGUACACAACCCUUCCCAUCGAUGUGGCCGGCUUUCUCGACAUUCGAGUCCCGACUGGCAAGGCGGCUUGCUCGAUACUCAAGUUUCGUUGACAUUGGAUCGUCGUAGAGUUAUUGUGGCCCCGAGUUGAAUAAUCAUUGAGGACAUCAUCGGUGAGCCUCAUGCAGAGAUCACUUACCCUGGUGCUCCAAAAGGUCGUGCCGUGCCCCAUCCAGCUGCUGGGAGUUCACCUGCUGGAAGAUUUAAUCGUCGCACAUCGCAUCGUUUGCAUUGAUUUCACGACGGAACUUUCACGACCCUACGAAAUGCGUACGGGAUGGUCACGUGCGCGCGAAUUGCCACGAUUUGGGACGCACCGUCGCAAGCAAUGCACUGUAAACUUUCUGAUGAAUUGUCACCGAUUGGACGAAGCGUGCCAUGUUCUGUGAUGUGUCAAGAUCGGAUGAAUCGUCACGUUGCCGGUGAAUUGACGCAAUCGUAUGAAGUGUCACAUUUGGUGAAUUAUGAAGUUUUCGCAUUUCCGUUGAAUUGACACAAUCGUCUGAAGUAUCACCUUCUCCGUGAAGUCACCAUUGCGUUGGUUGUUGCGAUCGGCUGAAACGUAAAAAAAAACACAUUUCCGGACGAUCACAAUUCAAUGAAUCAUCGUAAUUCCAGGAGGGACUUACGGGGCCGCAAUACGCCUGGCCGAUGUUUUUUCUCAUUGUUGUUACUUUUUACGAUUUACCCGAAAGGAUGACAAUCACAGGAAAUCAAUACUAAAGGGAGGGUUUUUUUCCCUGUGUCGUGAAACCCGCCACCACCCGACACAGCCAAUGAGCAAGGUUGAAGCACGUAAACAAAACGACACUUUAAUAUUUACACCGUCUAACCCAAAAUGAAACGCCCCUUGAUAAUGGACAACAUUGGCAAGACAUUCACUUCCGGUGAACGACCUGCCAAAAGCGACGUCGCGUUUUGUUGGCCCGGUGACGCGUCCCAAUUGUGACGUCCCGUGAGACAAGCCGCUGUAUUCUCAGAGAUCCCAUAUUGUCAUUUGAAAAAAAAGUAAAAACUGAAUAUUUCGAAAUCCUCAUUUGAAAAAAAUAGAACUCGUCCCCCCCCCCUCGUGUAAACCUCGAAGGACAUCGUCGUACAGAAAAUGUUUCCUGUACCAGACCGCCGUUAUGCGAAUUAACUAGUCUCACACGUGUGUAAAACGAAAAGGAAAUAUUAAAACAUGACGGACAGCGGCUGCACAAACCUCGCAGCGGAACUCAAAAUGUAUAAAGUAACCAAGUCGCAUUAGCAGUUAGUCGACGGAUCAGCAGGUCGCGUGCGUUGGGGGGUAAAGUGUGGGCAACUUCCGUCGUCUCCUAAGAUUUCUUGCCAGCAUACACGAGUCGACGCACGCACCCUCUCCGGAAGGGGUGGCUCUCUAAGUCGCCCACUAGCAGAGGGCCGCUUCCUCCAGGAGGAGCGUGAGCAGGCAAUUAUAGAGUCGAACCUUUCCUCUGUGUAUCAAAACAAAGCAUGAAGCCCUCUGCGACCCAAACAGUGCGGUGCAUAGAGGCGCUUCUGUGCUAAGAGCCAGCUUGUGUGUCCGGCUCGUUGUUGUGUGGCUCCUACCAUCGACGGUAUUCUUUUGAAACUCCCGAUCUCGGCGGGCGCUUUCGCAGCCCUCUGAAGGGCCACGUGAACGCAAGGUGGUGGUGGUGGUGGUGGUGGGGAGCGGGGCGGUCAACGGCGUACAACGGAGUUUCCCAACUUGCGUGCGGGUGCUCGGGCGUGUUGAUCGGUGGCGAGAGAUGAAACGGAUCGACGGUUUUCACCGGGGGGGUCACACAGGUCAUGGCGAUUCGAUGACCACCUGUCACGGUCGGCUCACGACGACGCCGCGGGUUGUCGUUCGGCGUCACGGUCUCGCAUCUCGGAGGGGGAACUGAAUCUAUUAAAGCAUCUUUUUUUUUUUCCAGGUAACGGCCCACUGAGCUAUGCAGCUCUUUUACAAAAGCGACCCUGGCUAUCGCAAAUGAGAGCGCAACGAAGUUGCCUGUCAUCACGUGGACAUUUACAGCAGACAAAUACUCUUAAAACGUGAUGAUUCUAAAUGCGGAGGGGAAAAACCGUAGGGAAAUCCACGCGACCACGGGAAAGUGAGAGAACACGCAAACUCCAAAUAUGCAGCAGGCGUCAGGGUUGGGAUCAAACCCACGACUUCCUGUAUACCAGGCGAGGAAGUUAACAUCUCGCCACCGUUGCCGGGUUGCUCCCGGAGAAGGUGCCAAUGCGCGUGGAGCAAAACGUCGGACUUAUUCCGAUUCCUGUCGCCCUCGUCCGAAAUUCCCUUCGCCAACGGCGAUCGUUGGCAGAAUCCGAUCCUCUCCCCAACCCCCUUCUCUUUGCAGGACUUGUCAAAAGUAAUCUUCGUUCAAUAAUUUUAUGACAAAAUAUAUUAACGAUAACUUUUUUGGCAGGUGGGCAGGGUGGGGCCGGGAGAGUGAGCGGGCAAACGGUCAAAACGCUGCACCUCCAAUUAGCCCGGUGGGCUACGUGCAGCGCAAAAAAAGUUUCACGUACGUACAAAUCGAGCAAACGAAUGUGACGCGGCCGUUUCAAUUGAUUUCGCAAAAUGGAUUCCCCGUUCGUACCAAUGAGACAGCACCCCCCCUAACCCCCAUCGCCCCCCCCCCCCCGCCGCCGCCCCCCACAAAGGGAACAUUCUUCGGGAGGUCCUUACGGAGAAAACAAGUGUCGAUUUCGUCAAAUGAUUCUCGUGCGCACACUCACACUCACUCUCCGUCUCUCGCGCGUGUGCGUGCGAUCCUCACGCCUUGUACAUUGUGUACAGACCGUCGGGCUCACCCUUCGGGUGAAUCGUGCAGGCCCUGUCAUGUAUUUACAUUUAUCCACUUGUCUCUUCACUCUUUUGUAAUAAUAAAUAAAAACUACACAAUUUACGUCA